GUCUGUUGCGAUGUCGCCAUUGAGCUUCGCCAGUAACUUUGCUCGUGAACAGUGAGUAAGAUAAUGAGUAGCUCGAGACUGGAUCGCCCACCACUCCCACUAUUGAUCUGAUCAGAUAUUUUUUAUCUUAUCUGAUCAAAAAUCAUGGACUUGGCGCCUUUUUCGGCGCUUGACGACGUUUGGAUUUCCGAGUUCGCAACUGCCACCGCGCAACCGAUAUCGGCCUCGCCUUGGAACACUGCCCAAGGUUUCAACAGCCGUGACGACAACUUCAAGCUGGCUUCAUCACCAGGCCACAUUAAGGGCGAGGGUAUUGCUCCCGGUCUGGGCAGCCCAAUCCAAGGCCGAAAACGAAAUGUCUCUAUCGCCGGCUUCGACAGUUCACCCGCAAGCGCAAGCGUUGAAUCACCAGACUUGAAUGGAGAUGAACAUGGCCGUGAUGGCCGGCGCAGACCUGUCAAAAGGGCUUGCAAUGAAUGCAGACAACAGAAGCUGCGAUGCGAUGUUGUACAAGAACCCUUCCAGAUCUGCACACGAUGCAGGCGUCUCAACCUCGAAUGCAAGAUAGAGGAUAACUUCAAACGUGUUGGCAAGAGAUCAAGGAAUGCGGAAAUGGAGCGCGAGAUCAUCGAGCUGAGAAAAGCGGUGGUAGCGAAACAGUCCGGCAACACAUCGAAUGGAAACAUGCAGAAUGGAAGCGCAAGUCUGCAUCCUUCACAAUCUGGGCUCGGCUCUUUCGGUCAAGACGCUGCCGCCGCAGGACUUCUCGACCUGAGAGAAGGCAAGAGUCCUGGGAGGUCGGUCUUCAAGCGCUUAGAAGACGUGUCUUUGACCAUGGACCGGGUGCAAGAUCUUUUCCAGCGCUUCUUCACAUUUCAACAUCCGUUCCUGCCUUUCCUCAACCCCGAGCGAACUCCAGAAGAAUAUCAUACGAGGUCGCCGUUGCUCUUUUGGACCAUACUGACAAUUGGGGCACGGCACUACACAACCGAGCCUGAACUGCUCGGCGCUCUUUCCGGGCCUCUGACUAGGUUGAUGUGGUCAACCAUCGCCGAAGUGCCUCAAAACUACCACAUUGUCAAAGCACUCAUCCUACUGUGCGCAUGGCCUUUGCCGACGAACAGCACCUCGACCGACCCGACAUUCAUGAUCUGCGGGCUCAUGAUGCAGAUAGCAAUGCAAAUCGGCUUACAUCGGCCGACACACGCUCAAGACUUCAGCAAGUUUCGUGUGGAGCUUAGGGAGGUAGAACUCCAGGAUCGGGUGGUGGUCUGGAGCGUGUGCAAUAUUGUGGCUCAGAGGAUAUGUACUGCAUACGGGCAACCUCCACUGACCAUGUAUGACUGGACUUUGGGACCCAAGCCUAUCGAGACCAACCCGAACUACGAGUUACCUGCGCCGAUAUUCAAUCGCCUGCUAAUCGAAAAGUUUGUGGACAAAGUCUCCAGGACAUUGUACAUGAACACACACGACCCGGUCGGUCUUGCCACGGACGCAGAACGACCUACAUACGUCUCCUUCCUGGCUCAUGACCUAGAAGAGCUUGAAGACAGGCUCCAGGACGAUACGUCGCCGAUCACUCAAAUCUACCUCAAAGCUGCAGGCCUGCACAUGAGAUUGAGCGCCUUCUUCUCUCCUCCGUCUCUGCCAUCGUACCGGGUCGACCUGUUAAAGCUGUACCAAGCCACCACCGACUUUCUCGAGACUUGUCUCAACUUGGAAUCAAGCAUCAGCGUGAGUCUGCCGUCGACAUAUUCUCACGGAUUGUCGUUGUCGCACGCCACAAAUUACAUUUUCCACAUGAUGCUAGCGGCGGGCUUCUCUCUUCUCAAGCUCAUGCACAAUUUCCUCAACGAGCACGAACUCGACACGAAAGGUGCAUCUGAAUUGCUUUCCAGGACGGUCUGGGCGUUGCGCAACAUGAGUACCGUGGAAAACGACCUCGCUGAACGACUGGCAGAAGUUCUCGCCCAGGUCUGGAAGAGUGGCAGGCAUGUACGUGCAGACUCCAAUGGCGAAGGCGACGAUGACAGUCUGCAAUUGAAGGUCAAAUGUCGCAUGUCGCUGUCUUUGGUGUUUGACUCUGUAUGGCGAUGGCGGCGGAAUUUCCAGUUCAAGGACGGCAAGCCGUCUGAUGUGCGACAACAAAGUGCCAAACUUCAGCAGCCUGAUAGCAUCAUCAUUCCGACAUCCAGUCUGGAUGCGAAGCCGUCCAUGAACGAUCCCAUGCUGUCGUCGACUGCGAUUGUUCCGGGAAUGGCUGGUAUGGCGACGGGCAUGGUUGAUGAUUUCUCCAUGGAUUAUGGGCAGGCCAGUUAUGAUGUGUUUGAUCCGUUGAACUGGAUGUUAGAUGGGAUUGUGGAUUUUCCUUAUAACUUUAGUAGCGUGCAGGGGAGCGACCUGUCUGGGAUGGAUGGUCUGGGGGGAGGAAUUUAGUGAAUCCGAGAUCUUUGAGGUUGCUGGGACGGUCAUGCCAGCAAUUAUUCUUAGGACUAGAGGGUUCUUGAGAUACGUGCUGCCCUACUUAGGGGCCGU